UUUACUUCUCGCUUAACUUGUUUCCGACGAGAUUUCAACGAACAAGAUGGCGCGACGCAUUGGAUGGGAGGAAGCUAGAAAUAUAUUGAGAAGGAUCCGAGAAGAACAAGCCAGAGAUGGUCAAACGGUGGUCCGCGUAUGGGAGGAGGUCCUAAUGAAGAACAGAAACAAACUAGGAGACGAAUUAUGGGUCGUAUACGAACAAGUGUGUAUUGCUGCUCUGGAUUGUCAACGUUUUGAUUUAGUUGAUGCCUGUAUAACAGUGCUGAAGGACAACUUUCCAAAGAGUAUACGAGUGGACAGAUUACGAGGAAUGUUUUUUGAAGCUCAGGAAAGGUUCAGCAAAGCAGAUGAAGUAUACAAAAGUAUAAUUGACAGAGAUGAAACAAAUAUGUUCGCCAAAAAGAGACAAGUCUCGGUUCUGAAAGCACAGAAUAAAAUUCCAGAGGCCAUUGAUAAACUGAAUGGUUAUCUCCGAGAAUUUAUGACCGAUUUUGAGGGGUGGACAGAGCUGUGUGAUUUAUAUCUGUCUCAACAGGACUAUCAGAAGGCAGCGUUUUGUAUAGAGGAACUGAUAAUGUCCAACCCCCACAAUCACCUUUACCACCAAAAAUAUGCAGAGAUCUGCUACACCCAGGGCAACUUUGAACAAGCCCGGUCUUAUUUUGCUCAGGCACUGAAACUCAACCCUAACAAUAUCCGUGCUCUAUAUGGAUGUUUCCUGUCAUCGUGCAGUCUAGCCUCCACAAGUAAGAGCAAGGAGAAGCAAGCUAAUGUAAAGUAUGCGGCCUGGGCAGCUCAGCAACUCAAAGAGAAAUAUGUGACAGUGCAGUCCGAAGAUGGCACCAAACAAACCAGGAUAUUGGAAACAAUUGACAGACUUCUAGAAUCUACCACAGAAAAAGCUAGUAAUUGAUAAAGAUUGCAAACCCCCUAGAACAAAUAUAAUCAAGAAGCUUGUAGGAAAUUUAAAAAAAAACCAUGAAAAUCUCAAUUUUAUCACAAAAUAUGGACAGUAUAUACAGUAUUUUAUUUCAAUGAAGAAGGGAAUCUAGACAAGGCAAUCUUACAUACCACCAUUUUGACUUGGGGCAAUGUGGAACUAAACAGAAAUACUAUUUAUAUUGAUUCUACGCACGGUGUUUUCAUGGUAGUACUAGCUAUUACUAGUGAUAAAUAUGUGUUUAAGUUAUGCACAACCGGGUUCCUUUUUCUAACUUACCUGCCUAGAUUUAAAUCAUUUAACCAAUGUGCUUCAUACUGUUGAAUUUUACACUUGAGCUGUGAUUUCUGAAAAAAACACGAAAUUGUUUGAAUACCAAUUUUGAAGAGAAAACCCCCUGUUCGGUCAUAACUUACCUCAAGUUCUGUUUUAUCAGAUUUUGUAUUUUGUUAAAUUUUUGUAUUCUGUCUGUAGACCAGUUAUUCUUUGAUUUGGGGAAAAAAGGUCGUGUUCAAUAAAAAAAAAACAUCAAACAAUAUUUAGUAUUAAAUAUAGCUUUGAAAUAUAUAUUGCUUUAAAACGCUAUUUCUCAUUUGAGAGAAAAAAGCAUGUUUAAAAAAACUCACCAGAGGCAGACAGUUAACCCUUUCACCACUGUUGACCCUAAUGGACUCGCCCCAAUCAAUGCAUGGUAGAGUCUAUUAAAGUUACAUAGGGGUGAAAGGGUUAAUAGACUAUCUCCCCCAGAGCUGCUCGCUAAUGGCUACCUCUGUCUCCUAUUUCAGCUUUGAUAUAUCUUACCAAUACAAAUCUCAUCGAUUAAGAAUCUGACAACUACAAUAUCAUUAGCAUUUAUGUAAGGUAACAACCCAACACCUAUCCUCUGGGGACAGUAAAUUGGUGGUGAGAUGUUGGUAUACAAGCAUCGUGAUCAUGACACACCAUUUUUAAACAUUUAGUGAGAUCUGUUUCAUAAUACAAGACAGUAAUGAUUUGGAGGUUACAAACUUUUUGUCCAUUUAUGAGUAAAUUAUCAAGUCAAUUUUGUUAGUUAUAUUUGUUCCUCUUCUUUUUUUCCUUUUUGUAAUAUGUUAUCCAUUGUUUUAUUGUGGGCAUCCUUUGUACAAAGAAAUUUCAGUACAAAACCAGAGCGAGAGAAUGUAUGAGAGUGGGUAAGACAGAGUGCGGUAAGACAGAGUGGACGAAAAAUGUGACGGAGAACCAUGAGUGAUGUAUGAAGCAAGGGAUCUGUUUAAUCAUUGAUGAAAAAUGUCAAACAUUUGAUGUUGAAAAAAAGGUGUUAUGAUACUUUCCUAAAAUCCAUUAAUGGCAUUAUGAAUCUUGUGUUUGAAAACCAUGAGACAGAGAAGCUUUUCCCCCCUUAAAACAUAAGAUCAACUUUAUUCCAAAAUCCGAUAUUUAAAAUGAUUUUGCUUCUUGUUCAUGCUAUGCUGUUGACUUGUUGUUAGAUUUCGAUGCCAGUGCUAUUUAUCCAUUUUGGUGACGGAUUUUGUUUAUUUUAAUCCAAUGCGUGACUUUCAAGCCGUUUCAAGUCUACUGAUAUUCUAGUCUAGCUAAAGAUCUUGCUAGUUUCUUUUGUUGGGUUUUUACAUGUGUUUAAUAAAAAAAAUCUUUAUCCUCAUGUAAUUUUUUAGUAUAUAUUUAAACAGCAAGUUUCUUGAACAUAGUAAUUUUAAAUGGAUACAGCUUCAAUAUUGAAAUUUACAGUAAAUACUUCACUCAAGUAUUAAUAGUUUAAGAGGAAGAUUAUUCCAUCUUUGCGUAUUGCAGAGUUAUCUUCUCUUGUGAGCAGGUAUUGAUUGUUACCUCAUUUAUUUGUGAGAGUAACGUCAUCAAUUUUUGAGAAAACGACCUAAUAUUCUCACACAAACUGAUGUUGUAAUAAUCAAUACUUCAUCUAUAAAUAUUAUCUCAGUGUUUUAAAAGUUUGGUGAGGGAACCAUGAAAUGAAACCCUUGAUGAGUUGCACAUUUCCAUAUCUGAUUGGCUGAUGGGCAGGGUCCAAUGAAAUGUUUUCCAUAGAUGUGAUUGGUUGAUUCCCAUGAGAUAUAUAUGAUGGAGAAUGUGAUUGGUUGAUUCCCGUGAGAUAUAUAAAAUGGAGAAUGUGAUUGGUUGAUUCCCAUGAGAUGUAUAUAACGGAGAAUGUGAUUGGUUGAUUCCCAUGAGAUAUAUAUAACAGAGAAUGUGAUUGGUUGAUUCCCAUGAGAUAUAUAUAACAGAAAAUGUGAUUAGUGGACAACAAGCAGAGUUGAACCAACCUGAUCAUUGUAUUAGAAUGUAUAGGCCUUCUUUGGCUAAUUUUCCAAUUAUACAUAACUUGAUUUUGUGUUCGAAGAAAUUCUUCAUGUUGGAGAAGGGUAAGGAUGUUGUGUAUGUGUGUGCCUAUUUAUAUAAUGUGUCCUGAUAUUGAAGAGAAUGUGAUUGGUUUAUCCUUGUGAGAUAUAUAGAAUGGAGAUUGUGAUUCUUGUGAAUAGAUGCAAUAAUCAAAAAGAAACUAA